AUGAUAUUACGAGGAGGUAGAAUUAAAUUAACGUUUAAUUCAACAACUACAGCACAAUUCCACUCCAUACUGGAUAAGUGUUGCUGGAAGGUGCUUAGACGGUCAUUAACGUUUAAUUCACCAAGUAACAACAAUGGUAUAAGUAGACUUUGUAGGAGCGGUAGCAUGUUUAGAAAUGGAAAUAAUUGUAGGGACAUUACCAAGCAACAGCAGCAACAGCGACUUACUGGAAAUAUAGUUAGGAGGAUGAAUAGUAAUUGGGAGAGCGAUAAUGGUAGUGGAGAGGUUACAAAUGUGAACGUCGGAAACAACAAGACACAGACAAUGAAUGCGAUAAAGAUUUUACAUGAAUUUUUCGAAUACACAAAAAGAGAUUGUAAGGAUUUUCCAAUAAAUCUAUAUAAUAUUGAUGAAUUAUGGUAUUUUUACGUGAAUCAAAAUCAUACCUUUUUAAAUAAUAUACCAAUUCACAUUCAUUUAAGAUUAUUAACUUCCUUAUAUGAAGAAAAAGACAUAGAAAAAGUAUUAAUUAUAAUAAAGUAUUUAAGAGGAAGGGAGAAUAUAGUGAAAUGGUUAAAUAAUAAUCUAAUGAUGUUAGAAUGCAUAAUUAAAUUAAAUAUAAAGGAGGCCAUUAAAAAAUUUAAUUGGUUAAAUAUAAUGAAAGAAAAGAUACCCAUAUAUACAGUUAAUUAUUUAAUUUCAAAGUUAGUUAAAAGUAAUGAAAUAAUUACGGCCGAGGAAUUAUUUGGAAAAGUUGGAAGAGACUAUGAGGAUGUGAAAAUAUAUAAUAGUAUGAUGAAUGGAUACGUUAAAGAGAAAAACAUCACAAAGGCAUUAGAUUUAUUAGAAUUGAUGCAAAGGAAUGGGAUUAAACCAAGUCUAAUAACCUAUAAUAUUUUGUUGAAUUUAUUUGGUAAUUUAAAAGCGCAAGCUCAGGCCGAACAAGUGUUUGAAUAUAUGAUGGAAUCCGGGAUUGAACCCGACAUUACAAGUUAUUGUGGAAUCAUGUUAUCUUGUGCAAAUAAUAAAAAUAUUGAAAAAUGUUUUUAUUAUUUUAAACAAUUGACCGAAAGAGGAAUUGAACCAAACAUUUACAUUUAUUCUAUUUUGAUGUCGGCAUGUGUUAAAGCGGGAUAUACAAGGGAGGCGAUUAGAUGGUUUGAAAGGAUGGUUCAUGUUUCAAAGAUUGAACCUAAUGUCGUUACUUUAACGACAUUAAUUUGCGCUUGGAUUAAAAAUAAACCUCUCAUAUUGAAUAAUGAUACCAUAGAUCUCAUAUUUGAGGAUAUUAAAAGGUAUGGCGUACCAGAUUUAAUAGCUUAUACGGCAUUAAUUAAUGCUAAAACAAAACAAUUGAAAUUGGAUGAAGCAAUUUUCGUUUAUCAACAAAUGCUUAAAGAUGAUAUUAAACCUAAUGUAUACACUUAUACUAUUUUAGUGGAUGCUUGUGCUAAAUUGGGGGAUUUACACACUUCUCUGAAACUAUUCGAAGAUAUGAAAAAAAGUGACAUCCCUCCUAAUCAGUUCACUUAUUGCGCUAUUAUGGUCGCUUUUGUUAAUAAUGGUCAAUUAUCAAAUGCGUUCAAAACCUUUGAAGAAAUGAAACAACAUGGAUUACAACCUGAUAUAGCAUGUAUUAAUUGUUUAAUGGAUGCCUGUAAUCGCUCUGGGUUAAUGUCUUUAUUAUUUCAAUUAUAUUCUGAUUUAACUGAAAAAUAUAACUUGAAACCCGAUAAUAGGACCAUAUCAAUUUAUAUCGAUGCCUGUGCUUAUAAUGACCAAUUUCAUAUUGGAAAAAAUUUUUAUAUGGACUUAAUUAAAAACCAAUCUCCUAUAAUUACUUUAAAUAUUCAAAAUUUCUUAUCUAUCAUUAAUUUAUUAGGCAAAAAUGGUUACUAUAGUGAAAUUGUUGAAGUAUUAAAAGUUAUGAAACAAAGGUUAAUUAAACCGGAUAAAACCAUUAAACUAGCCAUUUUCACUUAUUUAUAUGAAUUAGAUAAGAGAAAAGAGAUUGAGGACGUUAAAUGUAUCUUACAUGGUUGGACUUCCAUUCCAAAUAAAUGUGAUUUGAUUAAAUUUAAAAAUCGACAUAGAUGGUAA